GGUGCGGUCGGGUUGCUACCGCCGGAGCUGGGCGGCGGCGGCGGGCGCUGCUCGAGUCUCCGCGGCCCGAGACGGCGGCGCGAUGGAGGGGCUGGAAGAAAACGGAAGUGUCCAGGUUGGAGAAUUGUUACCUUGCAAGAUUUGUGGAAGAACAUUCUUUCCAGUGGCAUUAAAAAAACAUGGACCCAUUUGCCAGAAAACUGCCACUAAAAAACGCAAGACUUUUGAUUCAAGCAGACAAAGAGCUGAAGGAACUGAUAUUCCAACAGUGAAACCUCUUAAACCAAGGCCUGAACCACCAAAGAAACCAUCUAAUUGGAGAAGAAAACACGAAGAAUUUAUUGCUACUAUAAGAGCUGCGAAAGGCCUCGAUCAAGCUCUUAAAGAGGGCGGCAAACUCCCUCCUCCUCCUCCUCCUUCUUAUGAUCCAGAUUAUAUCCAGUGUCCAUAUUGCCAGAGGAGAUUCAAUGAAAAUGCAGCCGACAGGCAUAUCAAUUUCUGUAAGGAGCAGGCAGCACGCAUUAGCAAUAAAGGCAAAUUUUCUACUGAUAGCAAAGGAAAGACACCUUCUCGGAACCAGUAUAAGCCGCCUGCACUUAAAAAGUCUAACUCUCCUGGAACUGCGCCGUCGGGACCGUCACGGUUACCACAGCCCAGUGGCACUAGCAAAACUGUUGUAGGUGUGACUUCAGGUAAAGUGUCUUCCGUUAGCAGCUCUGUGGGAAAUAAACUUCAGACCUUAUCUCCUUCCCAUAAAGGGAUAGCAGCGCCUCAGGCAGGAACUAACAUCAAACCUCGAAAUUCCACACCACCUAGUUUGGCACGAAAUCCUGCCUCAGGUGUACUAACAAACAAAAGAAAAACAUAUAAUGAGAGCAACACAUGCAGACCCGAUGGAGACUAUGUAGCGUCACUUAAUGGUGGAAAUGUUAAAGGCAUUGAAGGAAAUUCUGGACACUUGCCAAAAUUCUGCCAUGAGUGUGGGACUAAAUACCCCGUGGAAUGGGCGAAAUAUUGCUGUGAAUGUGGCAUUAGAAGAAUGAUUCUGUGAAAAUCCCAAAAGGAAACGACCUAAAAUCAGAGUUGGAAGGCUGUUGCUAUCUGGACAGCUUUAGCACUUCAUCUAGUUAAUUUUAUGCUAAAAUUAUUCAAAUAAUUUUUCAGCAGUUUUUGAAGCAUAAUCUCUUGCUAUAUUAUCUGUAUAUAUGUGUAUAUAGUGUACAUAUACUGUAUGUAAUAAUAAACACCUGAAACCCUAAAUUGUGCCAUCGAAGAAAAUAGUCACUUAUGAGACAGAAAAUAAUUUCAAGUAUAAUCAUUAACUUGGCUGUUAUUUUUCUGUGACUGUUGUUAAAGCACAUUAAGUAUGCCUUCACGAAUCCCCGAACUCUUGUGCUCAACCCUGCAAGCUUUAUUUUUUAAAUCAUUACGUUGAAUAAGCAGAAUAAACAUUCUAUUGGUGUUUAUUCAGAAAGUGUCACCGUAGGAUGGGAUGCUUGGAAUUUUGAAAUGGAAGAGAGUAUUUUUGUUACAUCUAGUUAUGUGAGGUCAUUCUCCUGUAGAGCUCUUCCAGAAUUAACUUUAUGAAUACUUUCUAAGAAGGAAAAAAAUAGCCCUGAGGUUUAUGUUUUCUCUAUUUGUAUUAUUAUAUGUGAUAUUAUAUUUGAUCUUUAUUCAUUCUUUGAAAAUGUAAUUAUGCAAUUUUCUUUUAAGAGAUAAAAGACUAAAAAUACAACAGUUCCUUACUCUAAUUAUAAAUUGAUGAUUUUUACCACUGUGUCUUUUAGUUUAAAUACAUAUGCAUAUAUGUAUGUUUAUUCUUUUUACUUCCAGUUUUCUUAAAAUAUCACUUUUGCUGGUUUUUUGCCCAAGUUUCAUGUCUGAAGAGUAUUUUACUGUGUCAUUUUUGCUGAGCUUGAGUAUAUAACAUAAAAUGCAUAAAAUUCCUUGCAAAAUUCUACAUGUUUAUGUCUAUGUUUUUGAGUUAGGAUAAAUUUUCUUAAUACAUUUUAAAACAAACCUCCUUACCUAAUAAUAAUGUGAUCAAGUCUUAGUGAAUGGCAUGCAUGCAGGUAAAAGUAUUUAAAUGUUAGGGCUGGAGAGAUAGUACAGUGGGUAGGGCUCUGGCCUUGCACGCAACCAACCUGCUUUUGAUCCCCAGCAUCCCAUAUGGUUCCCUGAGCACCUCUCGGAGUGAUCUCUGAGCACAGAACCAGGAGUAAGCUUUGAGCACCAGUGGGUUUUGCCCACACUCCCUCCCCCCAGUAUAAAUACAUACUUUAUCAUUUAAAGAUAUUAGAAAGUAAAUAAAUUUUAGUCCUUUGAAAGUGUAGUUAGAUGUAGUUCUGAGUAGGUUAAGAGACUCAUUUCUCCUCCUUGCGUCCUUCCUAGUGUUUGAUGUUGAAACAUCACGUAUCACAGUAAAAAGCCACUAAAAUAUAUCAUUUUGAUGCAUAAUUCACUUACUCUCAUUUAACUUUAAUUAAAAUGCAAGUUUUAAUCGUCAUUUUCAGUGUAACAUAUUUUAGCAGUAGAUCUCAUCAUUUGUGCAACUAUAUUUAGCAAUUCAGUAAAAACUUCUGUUGAAUUAAACCUGAGAGUUUAUACACUUGGUAAACAAAUGUAUUACAUUUUAGGAAAUUUUUAGUUUCUUGUUAAUGUUUCUGAUUAGCUUUGAAAAUCAGUGUAGAAAUUUUUGGCUUAGAAUUUUUUCUGAAAUUUAUGUCUACUUAAUAUGCUUUAUUAUAAAUUAUAAGAUAUAACUUUAUUCAUUAGGGUAUUUUAUUUUUAAGGCAGAGAAUAAAAACAGUAGAAAAAUGAUUGUCAUUUAACUUACCUUAUAAUUUCUUUCCUAAAAACAAUUUUGGUUGCUUUUUAUUCAGUUAUCAUUUAACUAGAAUAAGUAAUAAAUUUUGGAAAAUACUGUAUAUAUAUAUAUAUAUAUAUUAGACUUCCAUUUUAAUAGCUUGUGUUCUUCUGUCUUAAUUCAUAAGAAGUUAUGAAGAAGAACUUAACUGUUAUUUUAUCUAGGAUGAAUACUAUUUUUUCAACUACUGUUUUAUGAUCAUAAAAUUUUUGCCUGCCCAAGGAAGAAAUAAAAAGGCCCAUGUUUGUUUCUUUAGUAGCAAGCAAAUGUAUAAUGUACCACAGGGAGACAAAUUGGUAAGAAAUCAUUCAAUUCCAGAGCUCAGAUAUUAUUAUCAACAGUAAGUAGAAGAAAUAUAUUUAUAAAUUAUGAAAUAAGUUGUGACAAUGUAUUUAAAUGCAUCUUUAUAUUUUAUUUCUCUGACUUCAGUUUGUUGUGCAAUAUCUUAGUUUCGAAGACUUUCUCAGAUCUAUGCAUCAUUUAUUUUAUUUUUAUUUAUUUACAUAAAUCUUUGAAGAAAGAAAAGGAUUGUAAGCUUACAUUUAAAAUGUAAAAAUGUAUAUUAUUUUAAAAAUUAUUAGCUUGGAAAAUCAGAAUUAUGAUGGCUGCUGUUUUCUCUUGUUCACUGUUUUUAUUAUAAAUAAUGUCUUCAUUUUGAAACUGUUCAAUAAAGACAAGAAGAA